AGCCACUGACUGGUUAGUUCUUUGCUGAAAAGAGAAGAGAAACACCCAAAUAACCCAUUUAUAAAAUGUUGAAAACAGAGGACCAAACAACAAACACCUAAUCCUUAGCACCACCAAGGCACCAAACCAAAGUCUCUUCAUCAAUAUUCCUCAAAAAUAUAAAGACCCUUCUCUUUUCCCUUUGUCCCUCUUACAUUCUUAUACAAGCCAGACAAAUCAAAUCAACACACCAUUCUCUCUCUCUAGCUUGGCAGUUCUCUCAGGAGGCAGAGUCCUUUAGCAAAGAGGAGAACUUUUCUUUUCUGGCAGUCAUUUUUCCCCCCUUUUUUUACCAGGGGAAACUUGCAGCAGCAGCAGCAGAAGGGGAAGGAAGGAAGGAAGAAACAGAAUAAUGGGAGAAAUGGGAGGGAUCCCAUUGGGAGUCAUUGGAGCUCUGUUCCUAUCAGUUGCCUCUUCAGUCUCCAUUGUCAUCUGCAACAAAGCUUUGAUGAGCAAUCUCGGCUUCCCUUUUGCUACGACACUGACGAGUUGGCACCUGGUGGUGACAUUCUGCACACUCCAUGUGGCUCACCGGUUCAACCUGUUCGAGUCGAAGUCGGUCGACAUGAAAACCGUGAUCCUUUUCGGGCUCCUCAAUGGUAUCUCCAUUGGGUUCCUGAACCUCAGCUUGGGUUUCAACUCCAUUGGCUUCUACCAGAUGACAAAACUUGCAAUCAUCCCCUUCACUGUCUUACUGGAAACACUCUUCCUCAACAAACACUUCAGCCAAAAGAUCAAGUUUGCUCUCUUCCUAUUGCUGGUUGGAGUUGGGAUUGCCUCUGUGACAGAUAUGCAGCUCAAUUGCCUUGGCACCAUUCUGUCCCUCCUUGCCAUCUUAACAACCUGUGUUGGCCAAAUUCUGACAAACACAAUCCAGAAGAGGUUGAAUGUGUCUUCAACCCAGCUCCUCUAUCAAUCAGCUCCAUUCCAAGCCGCGGUUCUCUUCAUCUCAGGCCCUCUAGUCGACCAGUUCCUCACCAAGAAGAAUGUGUUUGCAUACAAAUACAACCCCUUAGUCAUGACGUUCAUACUGCUGUCAUGCGUGAUAGCAGUGGCAGUGAACUUCAGCACAUUCAUGGUGCUAGGGAAAACGUCCCCUGUAACGUACCAGGUUCUAGGGCACUUGAAGACGUGCCUCGUCCUGCUUCUGGGGUAUACUCUGUUGCACGACCCUUUCUCGAUCAGGAACGUCGUUGGGAUCCUCGUGGCCAUGGGCGGGAUGGUGUUGUACUCUUAUUUCUGCACCCAAGAGAGCAAAAAGAAGCAGUCGGAUGACUUGGUGAAGGAGAAGGAGGAUGUGAGGACACCGUUGAUCAUGGGAGUCCAAGAGAAGGAGAAUGUUGAAGGGAAGAAAUUGGCUAAGGACUCUGUUGUGUAGAAGUAAAUUUUAGAAACGUUUCUUUUUCUUUCAUUGGCUUUCUUUGUUUUUGUGAUGUGCCCUAGCCCUAAGGUGAUGAGGUAUGGUUUUUGUGGGAUGUAAAAGUGAUUUUUGAUUCUUUCAAAUAAACCUAAUUUUUAUUCAAUGCAUCUCUCCAGCCAAGGAAUAUUGGAGUGGAAGUGAUGUAGAACUUGAUUGGUUUAACCGUUUUCGCGAAUUCUUGAACAAUGCAUCCAUCAUUUAUCG